AUGAAUACGUCCACCACCGAGCCAAUAGAGCCGGCUCCAGCAGACACAGUGGAUGACGACGCAUUCGAGGGUUCGGAUUACGGGGAGUCGCUCGUAUCCUCGGGCUUCACAUCGCUUGCUUCCCGCGUCAUGAGACAUUCGCACGAAGGUGGCAGACGAUAUCAGUCCUUCCUCCAGGGAAUAUACCCCCUGCCCAACGACGAGACGGAACAGUUCCGGGAAGAAAUGAAGCACCAAUUGAUCAAACGUCUUCUUGAUGGCAAUGACUACCUCUCUCCCAUCAAUGACAGUCCACAAAAAAUCAUGGACGUCGGCACCGUGGCCGACAAGUUUCCUAGUGCACAUGUCAUUGGAGUAGACAUCUCUCCAAUCCAGAAUGCCUAUGGUCCUCAGAAUGUGGACUGGCGAAUUGACGAUGUUGAAGAAACCUGGUCCCCUCUAUACUCUGACUUGGACUUUGUGCAUUUGCGUUCAGUCAGUGUCACCCUUCGAGACCCAGUAAAGGUCAUCACGUCGGCGUAUCAUAAUCUAAAACCAGGCGGUUGGAUUGAAUUCCAGGACGCUGGCAUCAAAAUCGGAUGCGACGAUCACACGAUGCCCGAGCACUAUGCUCCAACAAGAUUCAUGGACCUUUUCAUGCCCAUCGGGCCAUGGGCCAAGAGUAGGCAUCAGCGAGAAAUCGGUCUCUUCCUGAGUAAGGACGUCUUGUGGCAGCUCGUUCGCGCCGUCCUCGUGAAAUGGCCGCAGAUGGGCCUCACCCAGCAGGAGGCCGAAGCCAUGGAACAGGACAUCCGAAAGGCGUUCCACGACACCAGAAUACAUGCGUAUCUGCCGUGGAUCUCCGUCUGGGCCCAAAAGCCUUCCGCUUGA